GGAAGCAAUGGCCGCGGGGCAGCAGCAAGCACCAAGCAGCCGACUGAGGUACAGGGAAACACAGCAUGUACAUUCGGGCAAAUAAAGACGAUGUGGGCACGGGAAUGCUAGUAGAGGGACGAGUUAUUAAAAAAAUAUUCAUGGCGAGUAGAGAACCAAAAUACAACUUGGUGCGUGAAUUGGGACGUGGCAGUUAUGGUGUAGUGUACGAAGCAGUGGUGACAAAGACGGGAGCACGGGUGGCAGUGAAGAAAAUUCGGUGCCAUGCACCCGAGAAUGUGGAACUGGCCUUGCGAGAAUUUUGGGCAUUAAGCAGUAUCAAGACUAUUCAUCCUAAUGUGAUCCAUCUAGAGGAGUGUAUUCUGCAGAAAGAUGGGGUGCUUCAAAAGAUGACUCAUGGAUCAUCAUCUUCUCAUUAUUUAAAGCUGGUGGAGACUUCACUGAAAGGGGAACUAAGCUUUGAUUCCAGGAGCUCGUACUACCUCUGGCUUGUAAUGGAUUUUUGUGAUGGUGGAGACAUGAAUGAAUAUCUUCUUUCACGGAAACCCAACCGUCGGACCAAUGUUAGUUUCAUGCUGCAGCUCAGCAGUGCCUUGGCCUUUUUGCACAAAAACCAAAUUGUGCACCGGGACCUGAAGCCAGAUAAUAUAUUGAUUACCGAAACCAAAUCGGAAGCUGAAGGAGGAGGUCCAAUUCUAAAAGUGGCAGACUUUGGUCUGAGUAAAGUGUGCUCAGGGUUGGGAGCAGAUCAGAAGGAACCAGUUAAUGUUAACAGAUGUUGGCUUUCUACAGCUUGUGGGUCAGAUUUUUAUAUGGCACCUGAAGUUUGGGAAGGUCAUUAUACAGCUAAAGCAGAUAUCUUUGCACUGGGUGUUAUCAUUUGGGCCAUGUUGGAAAGGAUUACCUUCAUAGAUUCAGAGACAAAGAAAGAACUUCUAGGUGGCUAUGUGCGUCAGGGGUCAGUGAUUGUACCCCUUGGAGAAGCGCUGUUGUUAAACCCCAAGAUGGAGCUUAACAUUCCUGUUAAGAAGAAGUCCAUGAGUGCAGGAAUGCGACAGCUAAUCAAGGAAAUGCUAGCAACAAAUCCACAAGAUCGACCUGAUGCUUUUGAACUUGAACUGAGGAUAUGUAAAAUCACAUGCAGAGAGUGCAGCCGGACUGCGUAAGUCUGAAUGCAUGUGAAAAUAAGUUGUAGUGAACUUUACCAGAUGUUUCUAAAUUGCCAGCAAAUUUUGUUUUUUGCCAACCCUGUUGCCCAAAGUGAAUGUUCUGAAAUAGUUAGCUGAAAAUUUAUUAUGCAGUUCUAAAAAUGCUGCUGUUCUUUGGUACCCAUGUCUUGAAAAGCAACCGCACUACUGUCAGGUCCCAUUUGACAAUUUUUUGAGGCCAUCUACUCUUAACCUUGUAAAUCUCUUAUCAAAUGUUGAAGGGCAUAAUCUGACAUAUGACUUCUUGUAAUGCUUUUCUUGAAGGAAUAUGUUCUAUGGGGAAUUUACCAGGUGUUUGUCAGGAUAUCUGAAAUGUCUUGGUCAUUUAUCCACAUGUUCACUAUUCCCCGCAUUGUCCUUUACUAAACUGUCAUCACUGGUGUUUUGUGCCUAAAAUUGAUUUUGGUCUCCUAAUCAAACCUUACUCUUUACAUUUUGAGCUGUUAUUCCACCCCCCCCCCCCCACCCCAUCUCCUCCUCAGUCCUUGAGAACUUUUGUUAAUAUGGCAGGUUUUCUGAGAUUAAAAAUUGCAUUGAUGGCGACCAAUGCUGAAGUAAUGUGUAGAUUGGGAAGUCUUUGGGAUGACUGACCGUGCUAAAAAUCUUACUAGAUAUACUUUAAUUUAUUUGUAGCCUGGCAUUUAAUUGAAAUGACGAUGCUUUGGACUCAUUGAUGUAAUUCUGUUACCAAUGAUAUUAUUUUGGAAAUGGGCAUUACUUAUCAAAACCUGCACACCUGGUGUCUGAAAUUUUGUGUGUAACCCUUGCAUGUUUGAAUGAUUUGAACUAACAUAACACUGAGCUAAAGGGAAGAGUUUACACAAGGGUAAUCCUGAGAUGUCUAUAAACCCUUAAAAGAAAAUUUAAAAUGAAUUGAGGAUGCAUCUGAGUACUCUGUUAACACUUUGUCAUUGCCAUCUUAGUGUGGUGAGAGCACUGUACAUCAGGAAUCCAUAGAUCAAAUGAAAGCUAUGUACAAAAGAAGAUGGGAGUAAUAGUGAUGUAUUAAAUUACUUUAGGCUAGUUGGAAAAAUUCAGGGCACUAUCUUAAGUGGGUUACAUUUCUACUGAAAACACAAGUGUAUUAAACUAUAUAGAGUUUACUGUGAAAUUUGUAAGAUUGUGUAAUUUAUUCCAAAUGUAAUAUGUACAAAUAAAGUUAUGAAAACUGAAUUCUUUAUUAAUGAAGUUUGCUAAUUAAAAUGAACAGUUGGCUGACUAAGAAUUUUAUCUAAUUAGUUUUGUGGGGGUCAUUUUUCUACAAGCUUGCUGCUUGAAGUUGCAUACUAAAUCCAUAAUUGGUAAUGGGGAAGCUAA